GCUAUUGUCAUUCCAUAGUUGAGUGUUGUCGCAGCAGGAUCGCAGUUUCCUUGCACGCGCCACGAUUUUUUUGUGCUCGCUUUUUGUGAUUUAUUGUGUUACACACAUUGUAAAGGAUACAUGAGAACGCAGUUGGGCUCGGAAAGCAAAUAAUUUUUGGAACUAAAAAAUAAGCAGACAGAAAUAGAAAAUUUUCAGCGUUUCUUUGCGGUGCUAAGCCACAGCUGUUUGGGUAUGAAAAAUGUCUCUGAACUUGGCGAUGGCGCCUCAAGUCGCAGUGAAGAUGCCUAAGUGAAGUGUUUAAGCGGAUGCAAAGAGUUAACUGUGCUUAUGUGACUUAGAAACGAAGAAAUUAACUCAACCUUUUGAAUAGAUUAAACACAAGACAUCGAAACAUUACUCGUAUCAGUGUAUCAGUGUUGAUUGUCACCGUUAUAGUGCUGCCUAACCGCCAUCAUGGAUAGUUCCCCUGAUCUAUCCUUGAAAUUACGUCGCGGCUCGAGCGAUUCGCGCGACAACUUUUACAUGGAUUUCGCGCAAGGCAUUGACUCCGACAUCGAAGAGGUGGACAACAGCGCUUUGGCCCUCGAACCGCAGCAACCGCCACCGCCACCCUUGCCCAUCGUCGCACCCGAAGAUGUACUUGGCGCCGGUUUUAUACCGCCACCACCGCUGGUGAUGCAGGGACAACCGUUGCCAACACUCACCGAACACGAUGAUCUACCACCAACGCCACCGCCACAAGAACAACCCAUCGGCACCGUGCUUGACUCACCGCCUGCAUCGCCAACAUCAUCGGUACUCGAAAUGAUACCACCACCACCACUUUCACCACCUAUGAUAACACCGCCACCUGUACGCGCAGUGCCAAUGGCACCACCUUCACCACCAAUCGAAACCGAAGACGAAGGUGAUGACGCCGAUGUGGAUGAGGAAGAAGAAGAGGAUGAUGAUAAGUCUACACCGCCACCGCCAUUACCGCCACUACCAUCAAAUUUUUCUUAUGUACAUGGUAACGGUGCACAUGGUGCGGGCAUACCGGGUGCAGGUGUUGCCACACCACCCAAAUCGCCAUCAACUUCACCAUCGCCACCAGAUACACCACCGCCGUGUCCGAAAAUGUCAUUACCAAUGAAAUUGGCUUCGCCACCGCCACCACCACCACCUAAGCACGCACCAAUGCCAUUGCCACCGUUGACACCGCCCUCAGAGAGUGAUCAAUCGCAACCGAAUUCACCACCGCCAUUACCGCAGCACGCGCCACUACCACAAUCGCCACCACAUUCAAUUGGUUCGCCAGCCAGUUCGGUUGGUUCACAACCGCGUUCGUCUGGUUCACAACAACGUGUUGUGCUGGCUUCGCCUCCGCUCUCUACGGGCUCCCGGCCACGUUCCAUGGGUUCGCCGCAAGGCUCCAUUAAUUCACCACCACAUUCGGUCAGCUCGCAACCGCGUUCAAUUGGUACGCCACCGCGUAGUAGGGAGCUUAUACCUGAAGAUGGUCCGGCUACACCGCCACCGGAUUUCGGUGAGCCAAGUGAUGUUAUUGCCGCUGCUCUGGCUGCGGCUAUCGAAGUGAAGUCUUGUGAACUAAUAAAAGGUAUAACACAAGGCACCGCCUACCAUAUGAUUGAUGAAAAUAAAUCAUCAAAUGAAGAUGAGUCUACGACGAUAACCACGCCACCAAGUAAUGGUUAUUCCGGUUCCUCAAUGAUUGUGCCACCUGCUGAUCAAUUGGGUGAAUUGGAACAGGAUACUGGCAUGAUGCUGGCUGAUAUACCGCCGCCCUUAGGCAUGGAAGAUGAAGAGCCAGACGAUAUUCAGCAAGAAGAAAUGGAAAUCGAUGAAGUUUCGCCCAAACUGCCAGCAGAACCCAUGGAGGUUGACGAAAUAGUGGAGGAAGAGGAAGCCUACAGCGAACGUACACCAAUCUCCGAUCGUCAACCAAGUGAAGAUCACACCACUGCCGACACACCAGCUGACGAGGUGGUCGAAACACGCGGCACGCCCACAUCACAAGCCACACCACGCAGCACACCACUGCCAACACCACCGGCUUCAGGUUCGCCUAAGAAGAAACGCAGCAGCGUAAGCAUCAGUGGUGGCAGUGGUUCUGGCAGUCGCGGUCCCAGCCGUAGCGCCAGCCGCAGUGGCAGCCACAGCGGUAGUCAUGGCGGCAGUCGAAAUGCCAGUCGCAGUGGCAGUGUACGUGGUAGCAUUGCGUCUCGUGCCGGUAGCAUUGCCGCCGCCUCAGUUGCUUCAGCAGCAGCAUCUAUUGCCUCUGGUUCGCCACACGUGGUUGAAGCAGCAGCGUCUGCGGCUGCGGUGGCUUCACCACAAACUUCUAUCAAGUCGAUACGUAGUCAACCGUCGUCUAUAAAAUCGGCACAUUCAAAACAUAGCGCCUCACCGCCAAUGAUGAAGAGUCCACCGGAGGGCGAUCGUCCACCGGUAAUGCCAUCACCACCAAUGAUGCGCUCACCGCCACUCGUCAAGAGUCCACCUCUAAUGCAUAGUCCACCGAAGGUGACCAGUCCACCACGUGUGUACAGUCCACCGUUGGUAGGCAGUCCACCGACGCGUAAAACGGAUUCUGUGGAUUUGGAAAGAGAAGCGGAAGCAAAGCCGGUAAAAGCACCGUCAGUGGGCACCUACAGCGACUCGGCAGCCGCGUCUAGUGAAACCUUAGACGCCGCUUCGGUCGUCUCACCCACCAUGGCCGCCGCACCGCCUACCGCCGCCGCUGCCACGGCGAGCACAUCGCUCAGCUACCAGGACGAACAACAGCCGCCACAACAUGUGAUGCGUGCACACCUCAGCAGUCAUCAUCACUAUCACCUGCCGCACCAGUUCCAGCAUCCACAUCAUCAAAAUCAUCACACACACGGUGGCGUGCCUGUAGCCACGCCCACAGUGCCCGCCAGCUAUGCGGGCGCACAACAUAUGCUGCAUCAUCACCACAAAACGAGUCCCUACAGCAGCAGCGUGAUGGAUGAGGAUAGCAGUGGUAGUGUGAGCGGCGUCAGUGGUCCAACGCCACCAGCCAAACCGCCACAUACACAAGAACGUCGUUCGCCGCCUAGCAGUGGCACUACCGCUGCUACUAUGGCCACUUCUAGUGUGCUGCUGGUCGCAGAUGCUGCUGCUUCAAGUGCUUCGGUGUCGCCGGGCCGUUUGGCCAGUCGUUCGGGCUCUCAUCAUCGUGUCACCAUUGAUGAGUCGAAUAUAGCAACGUCGUCGGCGUUGAGCCAUCAACUGGACGUUAGAGGUGGUGAAGGUGGCGAUGAUGGUGAUGCUGGUGGUAGUGGCGGUGGCGGUGCAGGCGGUUCGGGUCCACCGUCACCUGGUUCAUCGCAUCGACGUCUCUCCUCGGCGCUUGGUGAUGAUCGACAGACGGGGCAUUUAGCGUUAAUGUAUCAUUCGCAUCAGUUGACCAGCUAUCCGGUGUUGCCAGCCAUCAAGCGAACGCAUCGACCGUCAUUCAUAUAUCCACCAAUGCCGCGUGUCAGAGCUGGUGAUGCUUUGGCCACACUUUUCUCCGCAUUGUAUGGCAAAUUAUUGGUGGUAAUGGGCAUCGCUUUCCCAAUGGCUGAAGUCAUAUCGACUUAUAUACCACCUUCCUUCUAUGAGGUGUAUUAUCUUUACUUGUAUAUUGGCAGUAUGAUAUUUUUGCUUUUCAUGUAUGCCACGCUAUUAUGGGGACGACCGAAAAUACCAGCAAAUAUAACUUCGCCCAGCAAAUCGACAUCAAAAGCGCGUUCCUCCACCGCCUCGGAGAGCAUGGACGAAUCGGACACGGACAGCAAUUCGAUGCAUAACAAACGCAUACCGACGGUGAUACCCGCCCGAAGGCCCUCGUUAUUGGCACCGCUCGGCCGACAGCAUCACUACGGAUCCUUCUAUCUGCGUAUGGGCGCAGUGGCUUUUGGUAUUGGCAGCAUGAUCUAUUCGGGUUUGGAGUUCGGUCAGUAUUUCGAGUUGAAUCCGGACACCAAGUGUCAUAAUGUACUGUUAGCAUUGACACCGGCGACGCGAAUGGCAUUCAUUUUCAUACAAAUGUACUUUAUAUUCUUGAAUAACGAGCAAAUCAAGGUCUACCGCUAUAAAAUCAUCGCACGCUUCGGUCUUAUGCAUAUGAUCGGCACCAAUUUGGCAGUUUGGCUGAAUGUGCUGAUACAGGAGACGAAACACGAAAUAUUAACAUUCUACAAUCCGGAGAAUCGUACAUUACGCAUUUCACAUCGCAUACCUGGACAUUCGCGUGGACAUGCAAACAUACCGGCGGUAAUACCCACCGAUCCCACAGCACAUUUGCGUAUACCGCGGGGACUAAAGGGUCCUUAUCAAAUUUUCGAGUGUCGACGUACCAACAUACUCGGCACACUGGUGCAAGAUGCUUCACCAUUCCUCUUUCCCUGCACCAUUGAGUAUUCAUUGAUCUGCGCAGCCAUACUGUAUGUGAUGUGGCGUAGCAUUUCGCGACCGCCAACACCAGCGCCACAACGUCCGGACACGAUCAGUUCGCCGAUGAAGCGUUCACCCCAUCACUAUUCGGUGGAUUGUGCGCGUGCGCACAAGGGUCUCUUCGUUGGCAUACUCAUACUCGUGCUGACCAUCAUUUCGCUCAUUCUCUUCUUCGUGUUGAUCUCGCGACCAGAUUUUGUCGCCCUGGCCGUCACCGAGGUGACCAUCUGUGAGCUGCUCAUCUACGGCACAGCGACAAUAGCGACACUCAUCGGUAUGAUACAAAUACGGCAUCUGCAAUAUGAUUGGUAUCGCAGCUUCUCGUUGGAUGAUAUUUUGUUGGUCGGCGCGCAGACUGGUUCCUUUUUGUACAAUAUAUUCACAGUGAUCGCGGGACAUUUUACAUUGCGCAGUGAUGAUAUGUUAGUACCGUUGAAUGCGCUCGCCUCCAUUGUGCAAACGGCUUGCCAGACAUUAUUCAUCUUGGAUGCGAGCCGACGACAGGCCAUCACACCGGAGCAUAUACGUAAGAAACCCGGCCGAGAGAUUGUGACAUUUAUGUUGGUCGUGAAUUUGGCGAUGUGGGCGAUCAGCACGUUGGAGAAGUCACGUGCCGAAUCGCAUCCGAUACAGUUGAAUUUCUAUGGUCUGUGGGCGUGGACGAUAAUAACGCAUGUGUCUAUGCCGUUGGCAAUAUUCUAUCGUUUUCACUCGACCGUUUGCUUGUGUGAAAUCUGGAAGCGUGCCUAUAAACUGAAACCGGCCUAUAUGUGAGAGUUUGCGCGCGAGCGCAUUGCAAGCAUUGCGCAACAGCAACAAUUCUGUGAAGAUCUCAAAACUAAUUUGUCGUACUGUUAUUGCUCGACAACGCUGGCCGGCGGCGAACUUGAGACCGUCGAAGAGGCGGAGAGUGGCGAGAGCAACGGCUACGAAGAAGAUGACGAGGGUGAGGAUGGCGGCAAUGGUGAUGGUGACGUUGGUGGCGCUGGUACCGAUACGACUACAGCGGUGCUGGAAGGUGGUGGCACCGGCACCGCCGCCACAGAAGAAGAGGAUUUGGACACAACCGACGGUGAUGAGUUAGAGGCGACACAACGACCGAAACAAAUGAAAGCAAAUGGUAGUGAACAGAAGCAGCAGAAACAGCAGACCAGACAACGACAUGUCAAACUAGUAGACUGUAAGGAUAACGGUAAUGGUAAUGGUAAUGAUAAUGGUAAGGGUAACGGUAAGGGUGGUGGUGGUGGCGGUGGUAAACCUUCCGCAUUUUGUCCAGUUUUCGUGAUAAACGGUGAAUGAGUUUACGAGGAUUUUGAGUUCAUUGAUGCGGGCAGCGAUCGUGAGCUCACAUUUGUUUAAGCUGGACACUUGGUAUAGACUUUGAGGCGAGUGAGGCGAUGUAGGCUGGUAUAGAAUUGAGGUCUGGAGUAUGUUGAGCUCGAUAAUGGUUAGACAUAUAUUUUAUGGAAGGUUUAUUUGCUUUUGCGAGGCAGCCAUAUCCGAAGACUUAACAGGCUAGAUUGGAUAGUAAAGUUUAUCAGAACAUUUACUUCAAAACUGAUACAGUUACUCCCAAGAACUUUGCUUUGAGAGAUCAACAAGUCAUAGGUUCCAAAAUAUGCUGAAAAGACCGCAAUAGUUGACAAAAAAGAUUGCUUUAUUACCAUGCAUAACUGGGUGUUUUCAUAAAAGACACCACAUUAGGGUCUGUUAUCAGUAUUUUAGCUAAACGGCACUUUAUUUUCAGAUAUUCAGAAAACUUUUCCAAACAUGAUGUAAGAGAAAAUUCAAACAUUCUUUAGAUCAUGUUCGAGAAAGUAGAUUUGGGAAAGACAUAAACAUAAAACCUCAACUUUAACUUAGGUGGAUAAGAUCGAAAAGGUUUUCAAAUGAAGUGUUCUGAGGAACUAAAUCUUCACCAUUUUUUAUAACCCGAAUGAAGAUGAAAAACUUUCUUCAUAAAAUACAUAAGAGAAAUUCGAGUGUAUACUCUUAAAAACUAAUACUUUAGAUGGAGGAUAUAAAUGAAUUGGCAAGAUCCUUGGACGACAUUCUCGACACAGUUCUCAUGUACACGUUGUUAUUCAAUAAAUGAAGCGUCUUUCCAGCUGUAAAAAAUGCUGUCAGGUUGGUCUGAAACUGAAAUUAAGCCCAGACAUUUCAACCAAAUAUCAUCUGCAUUACAGACCAAGUAAUGCUAUAAUUAUAUCCACAACUUUAACAUUACUUUGAUAACUUUUCAUACUCAUUGCCGACAUUGAAACAAAUUUAGGUUUUGUUAAGAGAUUUUUGCAAUAAAAAGGUAGCAACGGAUGGUAGGAAAGUAGCUGAUUGAUUGGUAGAGAAAUUUCAACGAAUACUGUAACCAAAAUAAACCAGAUAAACUACAUAGAGACAUAGGUAAUUGGUAGUUCUUUAUCCACAGCAAUAUUAAAAAUGUUCUCUAGGAAGUUACACAUUUAUAAAGAAAAUGAAACUAGUACCAUUUGAAGGUAUUAAACAAAAGAAAACAUUAAAAAAAAAGAAAGAGAAUCUCAACUGAGUUCAAUAUCACCAAAACACUGCGAAAUCAAAAUGAUCAAAGUAAAAAUGUACGAAAUAGUUCGAAACUAAAUACUACUAGGGAAUAUAUACCAUAUAGCAUACAUAUUAGAUAAAAUAGCAAAAGUAUAGAAAAACGAGUUGUAAAUUUAAUAAAUUUUUAGUAAUCAAUAGA